AUGUCUUUUCAUACUGAGAAAAUUGUGCCAAUAGGAGCAUUCUUGGAAAUUCUCGACGUCGCGUUCUUUCCAGGAAUAGGUGCACAGUUGAGUCAAAAUAGCUUGCAAUCGCGCGCUUGGUUGUGCUUGAAGUGGCACGAUGGACCCAGCGAUUGGGAUCAGGGCAGAACCCUCACUAGCUUCACUCAUCUCUGCAGUCCAAAUGAAGCUAGCGAGGGUCCCGUCUCGAUCUCAAUCGCUGGCUUCACCUCGCUGCUUCGAGUGCAUCCCUUCCUACAACUGCACCGAGCUUUAGGUGGUUUUGACACGACUAUAACCCAAGAUGUAGUCUGUGUCACAGUGCUAACGCGAAACGUCUACCAAUACAUGAAGAAAAGACCAAAGCAGCAAUUGAGGCUUCAGAUUACUGACGAGCCAACUCUGCACAAAUACGAUCGACGAAAUGGAACCGAAUAA